GUCAGUUUUCAUAUUCCUUAGAAUCCGAAUCAUUCAAAUUCCCCAAAGAAUCAAACACAACAUAACAUAAAAUGACAAUGUCAACGACAACAACUUCCGAACACACUGCACGCAACCGUUUGGCCACCCUCACAGCUCACUUAGUUCCCUCCACCGCCAACGCCGCCGCGAUCCUCCACCCUCUCUGCCUCUCCUCUCCCGCCGGAACCUCGCCGCCGGCGAAUCUGAACGGCACCCUCACCGUCGUCGACGAGAGGACCGGGAAGAAGUACCAGAUCCAAGUCUUCCCAGAAGGCACAGUCAAAGCCACUGACUUCAAAAAGAUAUCUACUGGGAAGAAUGAUAAGGGACUCAAACUUUAUGAUCCUGGCUAUUCGAACACAGCUCCUGUCCGAUCAGCAAUUUCGUAUAUUGAUGGUGAUGAAGGAAUCCUUAGAUAUAGGGGAUACCCCAUUGAGGAGUUGGAGGAGAAAAGCACCUUUAUGGAAGUGUCAUAUCUCAUAUUGUAUGGGAAUUUGCCAUCCGAAAGUCAGUUAGCUGAAUGGGAAUUCGCUGUAUCUCAGCAUUCAGCUGUGCCACAAGGAGUUUUGGAGAUCAUUCAAUCAAUGCCUCAUGAUGCACAUCCUAUGGGUAUGCUUGUUAAUGCCAUAAGCGCUUUAUCUGUUUUUCAUCCUGAUGCAAAUCCUGCUCUCAAAGGUCUUGAUAUCUACAACUCGAAGCAAGUGAGAGACAAGCAAAUAGCACGGAUUAUUGGAAAGAUAACAACAAUUGCUGCUGCAAUUAAUCUUAGAAUGGCAGGAAGGCCACCUGUGCUUCCAUCCAAUAAACUUUCUUACACUGAGAACUUCCUAUACAUGCUAGACUCCUCAGGCAACCGAUCGUAUAAACCUAAUCCUCGACUAACUCGUGCACUGGACAUUAUCUUCAUCCUGCAUGCAGAACAUGAAAUGAAUUGCUCUACAUCCACUGUACGUCACCUUGCAUCAAGUGGUGUUGAUGUAUAUACUGCUAUUGCUGGGGCUGUUGGAGCUCUGUAUGGACCUCUUCAUGGUGGAGCUAAUGAGGCUGUCCUCAAAAUGCUGAGUGAAAUUGGAACUGUUGAGAACAUUCCAGCAUUUAUCGAAGGUGUUAAAGCCAGGAAACGAAAGCUGAGUGGUUUUGGACAUCGUGUGUACAAAAAUUAUGAUCCCAGGGCAAAGGUCUUAAGAAAGCUGACAGAGGAAGUGUUUUCAAUUGUUGGCCGGGAUCCUCUUAUAGAGAUUGCAGUUUCCUUGGAGAAGAUUGCACUGUCUGAUGAGUAUUUCAUCAAGAGGAAGCUGUAUCCAAAUGUUGACUUUUACUCUGGAUUGAUUUAUAGGGCCAUGGGGUUUCCACCUGAGUUUUUCACUGUUUUAUUUGCUAUUCCUCGAAUGGCUGGAUACUUGGCACAUUGGCGAGAAUCCUUGGAUGAUCCUGAUACAAAGAUUAUGAGACCUCAACAGGCUUAUGUUGGAGAAUGGUUGAGGCAUUAUACACCAAUCAAAGAAAGGACUGUAUCAAGUGACGCGGACAAACUUGGUCAAUUGGCUGUAUCAAAUGCCUCAAAGAGGCGACUUACUGGAUCUGGGAUAUAGCCUUUGGAUUUACUAGUGAAUUGUCAUGAGGUGAUGUAUAAUUUAUCAAUAAGUC